GGACAGAGAAUUUGCUCCUACGUCUUUAUAUCUGACGGCUCUCCCGUGCAGCCUCAGGCCUCAUUGCUAGUUAUUACCAGGCGGGAUGCGAGGCAAGCAUGGCCAUGCUAUCGAGUACCCGCCUGUUGGCUCAAUCUAGCGACCAUCGCACUGAUGGUAGUCCCGCCUUCUCGGUUUCGCAUUACCGUCACCGUUUCGACACAUUCCUCCUCGUCCUGUCGUUGUCGCUGCUCGUUACCGCAUCUUUAGCGCAAAACACCGGCGAAUGCGCUGAAAUUAGAACCGAAAGCAGCGGCUCUGGUUCCCGUACUUGCGCUGCUAGUGCUGAGGCGCCAGCCGAAGGAUCCGAGGCCUAUUCCAAUCUAGAGACUUCUGAAAAUGGAACUGAUGCUUAUUCCGGUGAAUCCGCGGACGGUAGAGGGUAUAGAAAGAUCGGGAGCGUCGAGCAUGACGUGGCAGGGUCGGAGCGUGCCAUGGUGGAGGACAUGCUGACGUGGAUGGGACUGGAUUGGACGCGGGAUUCGGAGGGAUCUGAGUAUGGCAUUAUCGUUGGCGGUAGUAUCGAGGUGGACUUCUCCACUCGCAGUGUGCACGAAGCCACCACGGAUGACGUCACGCGUGACGUCACGGGCCAUGGCUCUUCAGGCAGUCCCGAGGGUGGCGCAGGCGCGUGGAAGCCAAACGACACCCGGGCGGAUAUCGGUUUCAAGGCAGCUCGCAGAUUAGCAGAGGGCGAGGUGCUGCUGAAGGUUCCACGAAGGUUCCACAUCGUGGCCAACUGGAUUGCGCUGAACGAGUCAGAGCGUCACCUGCUGCCGUACGACAUGCCUCUGCCAGUGCCGCACGGCUGGGACACAUAUACCGUCCUGGCAGCAUGGCUGUUGCGGGAGAGGGCCAAGGGGGCGCUCUCCCCCUGGUCGCGCUUCCUGCGCUCCCUGCCUGCCUACGUGCCGCUGCCCGCCCUCUUUCCAUCUGGCCUCAUAGAGGAGUUUGAGUACCAACCCAUAGUGGACCAGGCCACUCGCCUCAAGCAGGCAUACACCGACCUGUACGAUCGCUGCAGCCCUGCUGCCAUCGCGAACGCGUCGCGCUCCGAGUUCUAUUGGGCGCUCGCUAUAGUCACAUCGCGUUGCUUCACCUACUCCCCCGCCAUGCCUGACAGCGAGAGUGGGGUUUCCAGUGGAGACUCUGCUGGUGGGGCAGAGCAGCGGGAGAGUGGAACCGAGGGGGGAUUAGAUGGAGCAGCAGCAACAGCAGCAGUUGCAAAAGAGGAAGCUGUUGCAGGAGGGGAAGCCGAGACUGGUCGAGUUGACAGCAGCAGCAGCCGCAGCAGCAGAGGGGAGGAGUGGUUUGCCACGUCAGCAGCCAUGCUUCCGUUCGCUGACCUGUUUAACCAUGAUAGUUACCCCAACCUGGGGUGGGAGCUCUCUGGCGACUGGUUCGUCUUCACAACCUAUCAGGCCAUCGAGCGGGGCGAGCCCCUGAGCAUAUCGUACGGCGCCAAGCCGACAAUCGAUGUGGUCCUGGAGUAUGGCUUCGUGCCGUCCUACAACCCCUAUGACAGUGUUAUGAUGUUCCCAAGCCCCGCCCAGCUGGUGGCCUUGGCAGUGCAACAGACCAUUCCCUCACCGCCACGCCCUGCUGCUGCUCCCCCCUCUGUUAUCGCAGCAGAGGUAGUAGCAGGAGAGGGGAAGAGAGAAGGAGGAGGGGAGAGAGAAGGGAGGAGGGAUGCACAGGAGGAGAAACAGCAGGCAUCUCCAUCAGGGGGGUACCACCAGGGGCGGGCAGGCGGGGAGGGGAGUGGUGCACUGAGGGUUGCAGCACGGGACGAGAGCGCGAAGCAGCAGCUGGUGGUGUGGGCAGGAGGGCAUGGCAGCCCUGAGAUGCUGGCCAUGGCGGCUGCGGUGUGGCAGUGGGAGGUCACUGGGCGAGAGUUGGAUCCAGAGCGGUUAGCAAAGGCGGCCAUGCAACUGAGUGAGCCCAUCUUGGAUAUAGGCACUCCCGUUGCUGCUGCUGCUGCUGCUGAUGAUGAUGAUGAUGAUGAUGCUGACGCUGGUGAUGCUGGUUCUGAUGCUGGGGAGACAGAGGGAGCAGAGGCAGAAUCAGACAUUGCUGAGGGAGAGGCAGCGGAUGCUGAAACAACUUCAGCUGAUGACGUAGCAGCGCCGGAUGACCUGACAGCGGAGGCAGCUGCCACGUGGCAGGCGCUAGCCCUGUCCACAUCAGCGGACAUCUCAGCAGCCCUGUCAGCAGCAGCGUGCAUCCUGCAGCAGCGGGUGAGACGAAUGGUCGGUGUGGGUCUCAGUGAGGACGAAAAGAAGGCAGCGGGGUCUUUCUCAACGGACUACUAUGAGGAUGAGGACAGGCUCAGGGGGCUAGUGGCGUGUCGAGGCGGGCGGUACAGGAGCGCUGCUGAGAUCAUUGCUGAGAGCAACGGGGUAAGGAGCAGCGAGGGACAAGGGCAGGGAGAGGGACAAGGGGAGGGGCGAGGGGAGGGGCAGGAGGCGCAGGGAGUGGAGCAGGUGGGGUUUCCUCCUGCAGCGGUGAAGGAUGGGUCGCUGUGUUCAAUUGAAGUGAUGCGGUGGGUGCAUGAGCGUGAGAUGGUGCUGCGGUUUCGCAUGGUGAAGAAAUCCAUUCUGGGUGAGGCGGAUACCAGGAUGAGCGUGUGGUGUGGAAAGGGACAUGCCGUUGCCAGCCAAUGACAGGAUACUCACAUGCAGCAGUGAUAGCAUGCUACCAUGGAGCGGUGGGUGCAUGAGCGCGAGAUGGUGCUGCGGUUCCCCAUUCUGGGUUAGGCGGAUACCACGAUGGGCGUGUGGUGUUGCACUGGCCGCAAGGGGCAUGUGAGCCAAUGAUGCUGUUGGGAAGGAAUUAAUAAAAAACGAAGGAACAUGCUAUGGUGUUGGAGAGAGGGAUGCACCAGCUUAUUGUUGUGAUAUAAUUCGUACUUAGCAUUUAUGUAAGUCGAUUAUAGAUAGUGUCGAAUCCUACUGUAGAAGAGUCUAUAGGAUGACGUCAGCAAAUAGCGCUCGUCAUGAGGACAGUCGUUUCAGUCACUCGAACAGUCGCAUCUCAUCAUUAUCAUUUAGGGCGCAUGGCACGAUAGUGACGAACAGGUACAUUAGCGAACAGGUACUUUCCUAGAACUAAAAAACAUUGUUAUGCUUUUUUCAUAUUAACUUUGAUUAC